AUGAGCGAACAAAAGGCGGUCGCCACGGUGAAUCGCCAACUUACCGCAGGUAGCGGCACCCUUUUCAAACUCGGCAUUUUCAGCAUUGCACUCGGAGUGGUGCCAAUUACUUCCUACUUUGGUUCAUUGCACUAUGUCUGGGAAGGUAAUGCAACAUACGCAGCCAUAACCGCUGUUGUGGCCGCCAAUGUGGUCCUCAUUUCCUAUAUCAUCGCUUCAGUUUUGGAGGAUCAGACAUCAGCCACGACUUCAACAGGCACGGGAACCCGCCCGACAGCUGUGAUCGCAGAAAGCAGAAAAGAACGUUAG